GUCCCUAUGAGAAAAAAUAAUAAUACAUGAAAACGCUAUUCGAUAUGAUCCAAAUCAAUUAUGGUGUUAUUGUAUUACUUGUACAACAACAUUACAAUGUAUUUAAUAGCAGUAUAAAACUUAAUUCAAGUGUUUCACAUACUGUACGAAACACAUCACCCUGGCCAUAGCAACCUGUCGAGGUAGCAACUGCGAAGGAAGUGUAGAAAAGAGUAACAGGAAGUAACGUGCCUGUUGUUACCUUAGCAACGCAAGGUUCUAAACGACGCUAAGAAUUUCAUUGAGAUGGCAAAGUAGGGUUAUGUUCGAAUUUAUUUAUUUAUAUAUAUAUCUGUUUUACGUAUAUAAUAUCAAUAGAAUAAGCUACACAAAAUGUCGUUAGACGAUCCUCGUGUGGAGUCGAUACGAGACCGUGUUUGUGGAUCCUUUUACCUCCCGGACGCGGGUUGUUUCGAUGAGCUUUUGAGCAGAGGCGAAGGGGAACAGGAGCAGAAAAUACUUGGGUUUCUGAAUAACACCACCACAGAGGAGACGGCUUCGGCACUGCUGUUCUUUAAAACAAUCCGGGAGGAGCAGAUAGAGAUUGAAGUAGUGAUCGAUUAUGUUAACAAUCAAUUUCUCGUCUCGGACAACUUCUAUGGAUCUCCAAAGAAACUUGGAGGCAAGUGUAGAGAAACGAACUAAAGACACGUAUGGACCCCCCCUGGGAAAGAGGCUUUUAAUCUUCAUGGAUGAUCUGAACAUGCCCAGGGUGGACGAUUAUGGCACUCAGCAGCCUGUUGCACUUCUGAAGCUGCUGUUGGAGAAAGGUGGAAUGUACGAUCGCGGGAAAGAAUUGAACUGUAAAUUUCUGCGUGACCUUGGCUUUAUAGCUGCAAUGGGGAAGGCAGGUGGCGGCCGCAAUGAAGUGGACCCCAGAUUCAUUUCCCUCUUCACUGUUUUCAAUGUGCCGUUCCCUGAAGAGGAAUCUCUACACUUGAUUUACACCUCCAUUCUGAAGGGACACACUAAGGCAUUUGAGGUUGAAAUUCAAGAUAUUUGUGACAAGCUCAUUUUCUGCACAUUAGAGCUUUAUAAAGUCAUCAUUAGAGAUCUGCCUCCAACACCGUCCAAAUUCCACUACAUUUUCAACCUGAGAGACCUGUCCAGGGUUUCCAAUGGACUGACUCUAACCACACCGGAGAGAUUCCUCACUGUCACCCAGUUUGUCAGAGUCUGGAGGAACGAGUGUCUCCGAGUUUUUCACGACAGGCUCAUCAACGAAACUGACAAAACGCUGGUUCAAGACCACAUCAAGAACUUAAUAGAAGAGCACUUUAAAGCUGGGACGGAGACGGUUCUGAGAGAUCCCAUUCUGUUUGGAGACUACAGGACAGCACUGAACAAUGCAGAACCCCGAGUGUAUGAAGACAUUCAGGACUACGUUGCAGCCAAAGCUUUAUUUCAGGAAAUUCUUGAAGAGUACAAUGAGACAAAAACACGCAUGAACUUGGUUCUGUUUGAUGACGCACUGGAGCACUUAACACGAGUCCACCGAAUCAUCAGAAUAACCCGCGGUCACGCUCUGCUUGUGGGUGUGGAAGGAUCUGGGAAGCAAUCCUUAACAAAACUUGCUGCAUUUACAGCUGGAUGCGAGGUGUUUGAAAUCACAUUGAGUCGUGGUUAUGGUGAGAACAACUUCCGUGAAGAUCUUAAAACUCUGUACUUGAAGCUGGGCAUCGAGAAUAAGAAGACGGUCUUUCUGUUCACUGAUGGGCACGUGGCAGAGGAGGGUUUCCUGGAGCUGAUCAAUAACAUGUUAACAUCAGGUAUUGUGCCGGCGCUUUUCCCAGAUGAGGAGAAGGAAUCUAUUCUGGGACAAGUCCGGGAUGAAGCUGCUAAACACGGGGUAGGACCUGCCAAGGAAAGCGUUUGGCAGUAUUUUGUAAACAAGAGUGCCAACAACCUGCACGUUGUCUUGGGCAUGUCCCCCGUCGGCGACACAUUGAGGACCCGGUGCAGAAAUUUCCCAGGGCUGGUGAACAACACUGGGAUUGACUGGUUCCUGCCUUGGCCUCCACAGGCUUUGCAUGCCGUUGCUCAGUCCUUCCUCGGAGAUAAUCAGAUGAUCCCUUCCCAGCACACAGACUCAGUGAUUGGACAGUCUGUGGGGAACUUCAGUAAGAAGUUCCAGCAGAAACUGAGGCGCAGCAACUACGUGACUCCGAAAAACUACCUGGAUUUCAUCAGCACCUACACCAAACUGCUGGACGAUAAGGAUCAAUACAUCCUGGCCCAAUGCAAACGCCUGGAGGGUGGCUUGGAUAAACUGAAGGAGGCCAGUUUACAGUUGGCUGAUCUCAACCUGAAGCUGGCUGAACAGAAAGUGGUUUUAGCUGAGAAGUCUACAGCCUGUGAGGUCCUGCUGAUGGAAAUCUCCACCAAUACUGCUGUCGCCGAGGAGAAGAAGAAACUGGCAGAGGACAAAGCACUGGAGAUUGAAGAGCAGAACAAGGUGAUCGCAGUGGAGAAGAAGGACGCAGAGAGCUCAUUGGCUGAGGCUUUACCUGCACUGGAAGCUGCAAGGCUGGCUCUGCAAGACCUGGAUAAGUCGGACGUCACUGAGAUCAGUAAUUUGGUGGCCAGACUGGAAAGAAACUAUUUCUAGAGCAAGCGAGAGCUGGAGAGGAUUCAGAACGAGCUGGCGACCAUACAGAGAGAGUUAAAAGCUCUUGGGGAAAAAUAUGAGGCAGACAUAAGAGAGAAGCAGCAGCUACAGGAGGAAGCAGAGAUCAUGGAGAGGAGGCUGAUCGCUGCAGACAAGCUCAUCUCAGGCUUGGGCUCAGAAUACAUUAGGUGGGGAUCAGAGGGCCUGCCUCCAGAUGAUCUCUCUGUUCAGAACGGUAUUCUCACCACUCGGGCCAGCCGCUUCCCCCUGUGUAUCGACCCCCAGCAGCAAGCCUUAAACUGGAUCAAGAAGAAGGAGGAGAAGAACAAUCUGAAGGUCUCCUCAUUUAACGAUCCAGAUUUCCUCAAGCAGCUGGAAAUGGCUAUUAAGUAUGGCUUCCCAUUCCUUUUCCAAGAUGUGGACGAGUACAUCGAUCCAGUGAUUGACAACGUUCUGGAAAAGAACAUUAAAGGCGCUCAGGGACGCCAGAUUAUUCUCCUUGGGGACAAGGAAGUAGACUACGACCCAAACCUUAAACUCUACCUCAACACCAAACUGGCAAAUCCAAAAUACUCCCCAUCAGUAUUUGGAAAAGCAAUGGUCAUUAACUACACAGUUACGUUGAAAGGACUGGAGGACCAGCUGCUGAGUGUGAUCGUGGGGUUUGAGCGCAAGGAGCUUGAAGAGCAGAGAGAGCGUCUCAUUCAGGAGACGAGCGAGAACAAGAAGCUACUGAAGGACCUGGAGGACUCUCUGCUCCGAGAGCUGGCCACUUCCACAGGAAACAUGCUGGACAACGUAGAGCUCGUCCACACCCUGGAGGAGACCAAAACCAAGGCCACGGAGGUCUCAGAGAAAUUGAAGCUGGCAGGGAAAACAGCAGUGGACAUCGACAAGCUCCGUGAUGGGUACAGGCCCGCUGCCAAGAGAGGUGCCAUUUUAUUCUUUGUGCUGGCUGAGAUGGCGCUGGUAAACACCAUGUACCAGUACUCGCUGGCAUCGUACCUGGAGGUCUUUGAUUUCUCUCUGCGUAAAUCUCUGCCAGACUCCAUUCUGCAAAAAAGACUGAGAAACAUUAUGGACACUCUGACUUAUAAUGUCUAUUACUAUGGCUGCACAGGUUUGUUUGAGAAACAUAAGCUGCUGUUCUCAUUUAAUAUGACCAUCAAGAUAGAACAGGCAGAAUUCAGAGCGCCCCAGAAUGAACUGGACUUCUUUCUAAAGGGAAACCUCUCCCUAGAGAAGAGCAAGCAUAAGAAGCCCUGCUCCUGGCUCCCAGAUCAGGGCUGGGAGGACAUUAUCCGCCUGGCUGAGCUCUUCCCCCAGGAAUGCGGCACUCUGCCUGACGAUGUGGAGAAACACGAUGCAGAGUGGAAAUCAUGGUAUGAUUUAGAUAGCCCAGAACAAGCUGCCUUUCCAAUGAAAUACAAGGACAACCUGACCAGCUUCCAGAAGCUGCUGCUGCUGCGCUGUUUCCGCAUCGACCGAGUCUACCGGGCAGUGACUGAUUAUGUAACGCUGACUAUGGGAGAAAAGUAUGUCCAGCCUCCUGUGAUCAGUUUUGAAGCCAUAUUCGAUCAGAGCACCCCCAAUUCUCCCAUCGUGUUCAUCCUGAGCCCCGGCUCAGACCCUGCCAGUGACCUCAUGAAGCUGGCGGAGAGAACAGGCUUCGGGGGGAGCAGGCUCAAGUUCCUGGCAAUGGGGCAAGGGCAGGAAAAGGUACAGUGGCUGGAGACUGCAGUGUCUCGUGGCUAGUGGCUAAUGCUACAGAACUGUCACUUACUGGUUAAGUGGCUCAAGGACUUGGAGAAGUCAUUGGAGAGAGUCAGCAAGCCACACCCUGAUUUCCGGCUGUGGCUCACCACUGAUCCAACCAAGGGCUUCCCAAUCGGAAUACUCCAGAAGUCAUUAAAGGUGGUGACUGAACCUCCUAAUGGGCUGAAGCUGAAUAUGAGAGCCACAUACUUCAAGAUCUCCUAUGACAUGCUGGAAGGGUGCCCACAUCCUGCUUUCAAAUCCCUGGUCUAUGUGCUGGCCUUCUUUCACGCUGUGGUGCAGGAGAGGAGGAAAUACGGAAAAAUCGGCUGGAACGUUCCUUACGAUUUCAAUGAGUCUGACUUCCAGGUCUGCAUGGAAAUCCUGAAUACAUACCUAACAAAAGCUUUCAAUCAAGCCGAUAGCAAGAUCCCAUGGGGAAGUCUGAAGUACCUGAUCGGAGAGGUGAUGUACGGGGGGAGAGCCAUUGACAGCUUUGAUCGCAGGAUUCUCAUGGUAUACAUGGAUGAGUAUUUGGGGGAUUUCAUAUUCGACACCUUCCAGCCUUUUCAUUUCUUUCAAAAUGACGAGGUUGACUACAGGAUUCCAAAAGACGGCCCCAAAGAUGAUUAUGUUGAGGAAAUAGAAUCUCUUCCACUUGCUAACACUCCUGAAGUGUUUGGCCUUCACCCUAAUGCUGAAAUCGGUUACUACACCCAGGCUGCCAGAGACAUGUGGAAACACCUGAUAGAACUGCAGCCACAGACAGGAUGCUUUGUGUCGGGUCUUUAUCUCGAAGGGGCUGACUGGAGCACUGAGAAGUCAUGUUUAAUCAGGAGUAAACCCAAAGUCCUGGUGGUCGAACUGCCCAUUCUUAAAGUCAUUCCCAUUGAGUCGCACCGCCUCAAACUUCAGAACACAUUAAGGACACCUGUGUACGCCACAUCCAUGAGAAGAAAUGCAAUGGGAGUCGGCCUGGUGUUUGAUUCUGAUCUUUCCACCACAAAACACAUCUCCCACUGGGUACUGCAGGGGGUCUGUCUCUCUCUGAACUCGGAUUAAAACUGUUAGGAAACAGCACUUUUUUUUUUUUUUGUUUGUUUUAAUAAAAUAUAUAUUAAAUUAUAUUAUUUGUCAUUUGACAUAGUUUAUUAUAAAUGUUCUUUGAUACUUUAGUUCACCGUUAUCCCAUUUUGUGCCUUACAUUUAAAGAUGUACUGACUGUUUGUUGCGUACUGUACAAUUGUUAAAAAAUCUUUUUAUAUACUUUGUUAAAGCCUGGUUUUUGUUUUUUUAUUUACUUUAAGGAUUUUGUACUUACCAGGGUUUGUAUUUUCUAGAACUGUAAAGGAGAAAUAAAUACAUUAUUAUUAAUAUCUAUC